UGUCAUUUAACUUCAGAAAAUCCGGAUGAUCUUAAGUUAGAGAGAGCGAGCGAGAGAGCGAGUCAUUGACGAUAGAAGACGAUGAAUAAGCUGACCCGAAAAUGGCGAAAGUCUCAUGAUGACAACAUCUCUCUCCCUACUCUUGACGAUUCUCCCGCCAUGGACACCCAAGGUAAAGAAAAGAAAAUUCAACUUUUGAAUCUGGAGAAUUUUGAUUUACUCCAAAAAUUGAGUGAGAGAUUUCUGGGUCGCGAACAGGAGGAGUUGGUUCGAACAUUUGAAAAGGCUCAAGCUCAACAGAGUCGUUUGUGGAGGGGUGUGUUCGCGGCAAUUCUCUCUUGUUUCGCCGUAUUUCUUUUGUACUCCAUCUUCCAGCAGGCUUCAUCUCCAUGGGAACUGCGGUAUCAUGCUUACUUCAUGGAGGAGGUUGACUCAUGGAUCGUUAUAUCUGCAGAUUGGGUAGCUGUUUUAGCAUGUUCAUUUGCUAUCAUAGGGCUACUUCGUAACUCAAAGUGUCACAGGCAAUGGAUUUGGUACUCCUGCUAUGCUGGCAUUAUACUGGCAGUGUUCUGGUUAUAUUACAUGCUGAGAUUGCCAAAGUUCCGGUGGGAUGUUAUCUGGCUUCCAUUCGGACCUCUUAGUGGAGCUGGAAUCUGCCUCUACGUGGAUUAUCUGCUAUCUGAGUCAUCAGACGAUAUAAGAAAGCUUCGAGGCUAUAUGUAUUCUUAUAAAGCUAUUUAAAACAGAAUAGUGAUAACUGUAGUGGGGUUGGAAUUUGUUUUCCUAAGAGGUAGAGAGAUAAUACAGGAAGGCGUGCACGGCCGAUUUGGUGGUGCUAUCAAAUACUUGAUGAAGAUUUUAAUGUAAAUAUACAAAGUUGUGAAAGAUUGCAUAGGAGUGCUGGAAUGUGAGGGCCUAGAUUGUCCACGUGAUCUGUUA